AUGAAACCAGGUGGAAGAUUGACAGUUACAUUCUGCAUGAUCUUGUACCAGUGUGCAGAACAUCAGUCACCAGCUUCUGUGGUAUUGACAGGUACUAAGUGUCUGCAGCCUACCACGUGGUCUAUGAACACGACAACCCCCACUUCCUGUUGGGGGGAGUCACGCAGGUACCGGGUAGCAUGUAUAUGUGCUGCCAGGCACUCAAAGACACUGAACUCUCAGCUUGAGGCAGAACUGAGCACAUUUGUGCAGGGGAAUCCAUGCCUCAUGCCGCUCUCCAGUCUGCUCUGGGUGUUCCUGGCCUUCACCUUCUCUGGAUCUGGUGUGGCCCAGAAAGUUACUCAAGACCAGCCAGACAUAACCAGUCAAGUGGGGCAGUCAGUCACUCUGAACUGUCAGUAUGAAGUAAGUUGGUACAUGAUCUACUCCAUUUUGUGGUACAAGCAGCUUCCCAGUGGACAGAUGAUUUACCUUAUUCGUCAGUAUUCAGAAAAUGCGAAUGCAAGGGACGGCCGCUACUCUGUAAACUUCCAGAAAGCAGAUAACUUCAUUAGCCUCACCAUUUCAGCCUUACAGCUGGAAGAUACUGCAAAGUUCUUCUGUGCUCUCCGUCAACUCACUGUGGUUGAAGUAAUGGGAAAAGCUGAACAAAAACCCCAGAGCUUAAUAAGAGAGAACCUCCCUGCUGCAGGACUCCAGCUGAAAUGCACACCUGCAGAUCCCAGCAAGAAAUGGUAA